AUGAUGUGGUCUAACUUCUUCAUGCAAGAGGAAGACCGACGCCGGACAGCUGUGGGCCGGCGUCGUGCCCAAGAACAGCAGAAUCUCGGCUUGACUCCGGAGCGAGAGGGCAAGAUCAAGCUGGGGUUGCUGGUGGCAAUCGUGGGUGCUACUCUGGCUGUGCUGGCUGUGGGCACCGAGUUCUGGGUGGAACUCAAUACAUACAAGACCAAUGGCAGCGCCGUCUGUGAGGCCGCCCAUUUGGGGCUGUGGAAGGUGUGCAUCAAGCGACUGUGGCAGGCGGAUGUGCCCGCGGGCAGGGAGACCUGUGGCCCAGCUGAGCUGCCAGGAGAAGCAAACUGCACCUACUUCAAAUUCUUCACCACGGGGGAAAAUGCGCACAUCUUCCAGCGAACCACCAAGAAAGAGGUAAACCUGGCAGCUGCCGUGAUAGCUGUGCUGGGCCUGACGGCCAUGGCCUUGGGCUGCCUCUGUGUCAUCAUGGUGCUCAGUAAAGGUGCAGAGUCCCUGCUCCGAUUGGGAGCUGUCUGCUUUGGCCUCUCAGGCCUGCUGCUCUUUGUCAGCCUGGAGGUGUUCCGGCAUUCCGUAGGAGCCCUGCUGCAGGGAGUCAACCCUGAGACCCCUCCAGCUCCACGCCUGGCCUAUGAGUAUUCCUGGUCCUUAGGCUGUGGUGUGGGUGCUGGUCUAAUCCUGCUGCUGGGGGGAGUCUGUUUCCUCCUGCUCACCUUGCCUUCCUGGCCCUGGAGGUCACUGUGCCCCAAGUGGGGUGGCCCAACUGCCUAGAGCCUGCUUUCUGAAGGCAUCUGCCAACCCUGUCUCAGUUUCCAGCUUUCUCCUCAAGAGUUUUCAUCUCUCUUCUAGAGAAAUUGUUUUUCCCACUCUGGGGGGCCCAUUUCACAAAAUGUCUUGGUCCCUCCCUCAUCUUCUCUCUGUAAAUAACGCUUUUGGGGGUGAGGGGAAUGGCUUAGUGAGUAAAGUGCUUGCUGAGCAAGCUUGAGGGAAUGGAGUUUGAAUCCCCAGAACCCACUUUAAAAGCCAGCACAGCAGCACAAGUCUGUAAUUCCAUUGUUGCGAAGGCAGAGAUUAGAGGAACCCUGGAGCUCACUGAUAGGCUAAUUAGUCUAGCCAAUUAAUGAGGUCAGGUUCAGUGAGAGACCCCUUAAGAACUAAGGCAGAAGCAACAAAGGUAGAUGCUAAACUCUGACACCCCCCCCCCACACACACACACUCUUUUUUUUCUUGGUAGAUGAUUUUGGGUUGCUUGAGUUAGGACGGGAAGAGGUUAUAUGCAAAUGAGGCUCUGUGGGGAAACUUCUGGGACUGAUGGAGUUUUAGCUGGUGAGAGGGCUAGGUCCUGGAAGGAUUUGGGAGCUUUCUUUGUCCAAGUCUAUACUGAUUCACUCAAGGGAGAGAUGUCCUAUGACUGCCUGGUGGGACAGGGAAGAGCCCUGGUCCGACUUCACUGUCAUCUGACUUGGGAUUAAAGGUUUGAAGAUGUGAC